AUGUCCAAAGCGUCUCAGCCUGAACUCAAAAAGUUCAUGGACAAGAAGUUGUUCAUCCACCUUCAGGGCGGCCGCAAAGUCAGCGGCACAUUACGCGGAUACGACCUCUUCCUCAAUCUCGUCGUCGAGGACGCGAUCGAGGAGACUACUCCCACCCAGAAGCAUCCCAUAGGCACUGCCGUUAUUCGUGGUAACAGCGUAACAUCCAUGGAGUCCCUAGAGGCUAUGCGGUAG